ACAAACAUGGCGCUGCAGAGGAAGCGUGUUAGCUGCGAGCAAAUUCACUUUUCCUGCUGUUGUGUUCACUCAGAUUAUUAUUUUUUUCUGCUAAUCGAAUCAUAUGUUUAAGAUGAAUGUUUAUAAAUAGGCGGUAUGCAUUUUAACGCGGUGUGAACCGUCUUGUAAAGCUAACAAACUCACACUGCUAACGUUAGCCAUUUCAUCCGAAACAGUCAGUCACUAACGUUAACUAACUAAUCCGCAGGAUAAUCCUAGCUGGGAUCACUGUGUCCAUCGGAAAAGCCCGACAUAUAUGUUUCUGUUGUAGACUUUUUAGAAUUGUGGAAUGAUUUAGAGAGAGCUAACGAUACUGCAGCAUCUCUAAAGAUCGACGAUAAACAGAAAAGCUGUCAUAAUUCACUAUAAUCUGUGGAGGGAUUCUUCCGACAAACCAAAUAUGGAGUUAAACCUAAACCACGUUGAUUAUAUACAGGUUGGAGUGACAUCUCAAAAAACCAUGAAACUCCUCCCAAGUGCUGGGCGAAAAUCAACUCAAAAGGUGGCGGUUGCCGAUCAUGAUGGGGUAGUGAGCUGUUUUGGAAUGAAAAAAGGCGAAGCUGUGCCCGUGUUCAAAUCGCUUCCAGGACAGAAGAUCUCCAGACUUGAACUUGGAGGAGCUUUGGGAACCCCGCAGGAGAAGAUCUUCGUGAGCUCUGGAUCUGAAGUGAGAGGAUACACUAAAAAGGGCAAACAGUUCCUUACAUUUGAGGCCAACCUAACAGAGAGCAUUAAUGCCAUGCAUGUUUCAGGGGCAGAUCUGUUUGUGUGUGCCAGUUAUAUUUAUAACCAUUACUGUGACUGCAAGGACCAGGACUACUACCUGUCCGGAGACAAGAUCAAUGAUGUUCUGUGUUUACCUGUGGAGACGGUGGGCCGCAUUGUGCCCAUUCUGGCCUGCCAGGACAGAGUGCUUAGAGUAUUGCAGGGUUCUGAGCUUCAGUACGAUGUAGAGGUUCCUGGUCCUCCAACUGUUCUGGAACUUCAUGACAGAGAUGGAGCAAAGGGUGGUGAAGAGGUUCUUUAUGGGACAGCGGAUGGGAAACUGGGUCUUGUAAGGAUAACUAAAUCUGGACCUGUCACAAGCUGGGAACUGGAUAACGAAAAGAAAAAAGGAGGUGUGCUGUGUAUCGAUACCUUUGACAUUGUUGGCGAUGGUGUGAAGGACAUUCUGGUGGGAAGGGAUGAUGGGACUGUGGAGGUUUUUGGUUUGGAUGGAUCAAAUGAACCGACACUGCGCUUUGAGAAUGUUUUGUCUGAGAGUGUUACAUCGAUUCAGGGCGGUUGUGUUGGAAAGGAAAUGUACGAUGAAGUUCUUACUACGACUUACACAGGAUGGGUGUCAGGUCUCACUACAGAGCCCCAGCAGAUGGUAGCAGGCCCUGGGGAGGAGAUCAAGAUGAGCCAGGAGACCCAGGGGAAGGUGGCCGCACUCAGAGCUGAGCUGGAGCAGUUGCAGUUAAAAGUGUUGCAGGGGAGAGAAAAAUACCAGCAGAGCUCUCAGUCCAGCACCGCGGUAUCUGCUGUGCCAGUCUUUAGCAUCAAUGAUAAGUUUACUCUGUGCCAGGAUGAUGCCAGCUACAGCCUCACACUAGAGGUGCAGACGGCCAUUGAUAACUUGCUUCUGCAGAGUGAUGUUCCCAUUGACCUGCUGGAUGUUGAUAAGAACUCAGCAGUGGUCAGUUUCAGUGAAUGUGAUUCAGAGUCAAAUGGGAACUUCCUCCUGGCCACUUACAGGUGCCAAGCAAACACCACAAGGCUGGAGCUGAAGGUGAGGUCUAUAGAGGGUCAGUAUGGCACUCUUCAGGCUUACGUGACACCAAGGCUUCAGCCCAAAACCUGCCAGGUUCGACAGUACCAGAUCAAACCACUUUCCCUCCAUCAGAGGACACACACAAUCCAGCAGGAGCGGCCCAUGAACACUUUGAGACUGACAGGACAGUUCAGUUUUGCAGAGAUUCAUUCCUGGGUUGUGUUCUGCCUGCCGGAGGUGCCCGAGAAAACGCCGGUCGGAGAAAACAUCACCUUCUGCUUUCAGAACACUUUCCUGGGCACUCAGCUUGAAGCCACUUAUUGUAAAGGUGAAGCAAACUUCAAAUCAGACAACAUUUCUACCAUAUCCAUACUGAAGGAUGUUUUGUCCAAAGAGGCCACUAAGCGAAAAAUCAAUCUGAAUAUAUCCUACGAGGUGAAUGAAGACUCUGUGAGCCACACUCUACGAAUGAUUCAUCCCAAGCUGGAGUAUCAGCUGAUAUUGGCCAAAAAAGUUCAACUUAUUGAUGCUUUAAAGGAGCUGCAGGUGCAUGAGGGGAAUGCAGAUUUUCUGAUCCCUGAGUAUCGCAGUAUACUGGAUGAAUCUGCCCAGCUUUUAGAAGAAUAUAAGAAACAACCUGCUCACUUAGAAAGACUGUAUGGUAUGAUCACUGAUCUUUUCAUCGAUAAGUUCAAGUUUAAAGGGCAGAAUGUCAAAACAAAGGUUUCACAGCUACUUUCGAUUUUGAACAACUAUGAACUUGAUUCGUUGAUGGAGUUUUUCAGCGAGGCUUAAUGCAGUCAUGUGAAAAUGACAUUUUAAUUAAACCUGUUUUACUAAAUGAGUUGUUUUUUUAUUAUUUUUGCAAUAAACAUUUAGUAUAAUAAAGAUUCAAAUUAAAAUGUUCAGUGCAAUAAACAUAAAAAUG